UUUUCGCGUUAUUUAUUAUGAUUUAAUUUACAAAUUACAGACAAAAUAUUAAACCAUGGAUCCAAUUAGAACAGAAACCACGAAAUUAGCAGAGAUGAUGGACAUAAUGUUUAGAAUGUGCGGCGACAGUCCACUCGCGUGCAAAGCGGACCUCAACACCAAGACGAGUGAGACGAGAGACAAGGGAGAGAAGGAAAGGACACAUCUCUCCCACGCUGACAACACUCCCAAUGGUUCCCCCGACAGUGCUAUUCGAAGGAAAUCCGAACAGGAGUUCAAGUCGGCUCGCUCGAUUCACGCCUUGAUGCACAACACGCAGAUUUUACAUGCGGCGGCGGCGGGCUCGCGCUGGGCGCCGUACCAGCUGGCGGGCUGGGCGUUGCUUGUGCUAACCGCGCACGCGCUCUCUGCGUUUAUAGACCUGCUAAACGCCGCGAUACCGCCGCUCAGACGCUUGUGCGAUUACUGCUGCGGUUUCGCGGCGCGGCGUUGGACGCAGUGCGGGCGCGCACGCUGGUGCGGCGCGAGUGCGGGCGUAGCGGGCGGCGCGUUAUGGCUUACGUACGGCGUAUUGAACGCAGCGCGCGCCGCAGCCUUGUGGGCGGUGCAACCGAUGGCCACGCCCAUAACCGAUAGUACAGAUGAUUGAGCAAGAAGCAAUUAUUUACAGUUGAGGUGGUAACAGUGAGAAAAAGUUGGUAUUUUAGACAAAUUGUAGAGUAAAUAAAUUUUUGGAUUACAUUUUACUAGUGUUUUUUCUUUUGCAAAUCACAACU